UCUUACUGUUCAUAGCUUGGAAUCGUCUGUGCAUCAUCCAUUCACUUGGAAGGUUCCACAAUGGCGUUGGUUUCUGAAUUCCUAGGUCAACUCACACUUAAUUUGGGGUUAAGUGAGACCAUCUACCCCACUGUGGUUCCAAGUCCUGAUUUCGACCCUGACAAGGAUGCUGCCAGAAUAGAGACUGCUAUCAAAACUAAAGGUGUAGAUGAACAGACCAUUAUUCAGAUCCUCACCAAGCGUACAUAUGGCCAAAGACGUGAAAUUGCCUUUGCAUAUGAAAGGAGAGCCAAGAAGGAUAUGAUUUCUGCCCUGAAGGGGGCACUGUCUGGCCCACUGGAGACCGUCAUUUUGGGGCUAAUGAAGAGCACAGCUCAGUAUGAUGCCUCUGAGAUCAAAGCCUCUAUCAAAGGUUUGGGAACAGAUGAGGAGAGCCUAAUUGAGAUCCUUUGCUCUAGAAGCAAUGCAGAGCUUGUGGAUAUUAAGAAAGUCUACAAAGAAUUGUUUAAAAAGGACCUGGAGAAGGAUGUGGCUGGAGAUACCUCGGGAGACUUUGCUAAGCUGAUGCUGGCCCUAGUGGCGGCUAAUAGGAGUGAGCCAAGCUCUGUUACUGAUUAUGAUAAAAUCGAUGAAGAUGCCAGAGCAUUGUAUGAAGCUGGAGUAAAACGAAAAGGCACAGACGUCAAAACCUGGAUCAGCAUCUUUUCAGAGAGGAGUGUCCCUCACCUGCAGAAAGUGUUUGAAAGGUACAAGAGCUACAGCCCAUAUGACAUGCAGGAGAGCAUCAGAAAGGAAGUGAAAGGAGACCUGGAGAAGUCCUUCCUCACCCUCGUCCAGUGCUUUGAAAACAAACAGCUCUACUUUGCCAACAAACUCGCUGAUGCCAUGAAGAGUAAAGGAGCCAAGGAGAAGGUAGUAACCAGGAUCAUGAUUUCACGCUGUGAGGUCGACCUUAAGAAGAUCAGGUCUGAGUUCAAGGCCCAGUUUGGAAAAUCUCUGUACCAGAUGAUCUCAGAGCACACAAAAGGAGACUACCAGAAGGCCCUGAUGGGGUUGUGUGGUGGAGAUGAUUAAACUAGAGCAUGGUACUCUGGUUCCAGCGGCCUCAGAUGCUGCGAGCCUGAGGAGUAAAGCCCAGGCGUUCAUCUGAUCAGCACUAUUUAGCCAGUCGCUUCAUUUUGCUCUAUGAAUAGUCUGUAUAUAGUCUACAUGGAUCUGUCUGUAAUCUCUCCGCUGGAUUCACAGGAUUUUACAGUGUUCCAGUUAGUAUUUGAAGUAAAGAGUUUAAAAUACUUAUACCACAAUGAUAAGAGGCAGAACGUACAAUUAUGUCAUCUAAAUAAAGGAACAAAAAUGUAUUAAACUGUGCUGUAGUUCUAACACUUUGAUUAAAAACAUCUGCUGUGAUUUCUACAGCUUUAUCUGAUGUACAUGUGGCCUGCAGAUUGUAGCUGUCCGCUAGAGAGCAGUAGAGCAUCACUAAGCUUUGCUUACACCGCAUGGCCUGAAUCCUCUAAAGCUUUACUUGAUGCUUAGCGCUGCUUUUGUUUUUAAUAAAAGGUCCAAAAAGG